AUGCCAGUCGGUGCUGCACUUUGGCGCAAUUUACGCGCCCACCAGGUUUAUGGCGCCAAUACGGACGUGGGCAAGACAAUUGUCUCGACAGUCUUGUGCAAUGCCAUUCAACAGAAAAGCCAGGCAGCAUUUCUCAAGCCUGUGUCAACGGGGGCAUUAGAUGAUGCCGAUGACCACCACUUGAAACGCUAUGGGGCUGGCACAAUUGCCAAAUGUCUCUACCAAUUCGAUGAACCUGUGAGCCCACAUUUGGCAGCUAAAAAUAAACUUAUCCGAGAUGAGGAUCUGCUCGCCUCAAUACACAAGACGUUGUCGGGCUGGGCGCGGUCGGAUGUUGACUUUGCCUUGGUGGAGACGGCUGGCGGCGUACACUCCCCAGGCCCUAAUGGCAACUCGCAAGCAGACUUGUAUCGACCGCUUCGCUUGCCAAUUGUGCUGGUGGCAGACUCUCGUUUAGGGGGGAUUUCCUCUUCCAUCUCUGCUUAUGAGUCGCUGUUGCUUCGCGGCUACGAUGUUGCAUCGGUUCUCUUGUUCCGCGACAACUAUUAUAAAAACCAUGAGUAUCUGCGGGAAUACUUCCAGAAGAAGAGUAUUCCAUUGGUGUCGUUACCGGCGCCUCCAGCUCGGCCAUCCCAGCUGGAUGCCGAUGCCCGAGUGAGGGACGAAGAGGCCAUGCUCGACUAUUACCGGAAGUCGGCUAAAGAGUCGGAGAUCCUCCAUCUGCUGGAACAAAUGUCUGUUAAUAACACUCAGCGUGUUGAGCGUCUGGAAGAGAUGGCCGACCGUGCUCAUGAUCUGAUAUGGUACCCCUUUACCCAGCAUCAAGGGAUGACGGCCAAGGACAUUACCGUGAUCGACUCGGCACACGACGACUACUUCCAAACAUUGGACAACAGAUCAGAGAAAGCCGAGGGCGAACUGCGCCCGACAUUCGAUGGCUCCGCAUCCUGGUGGACUCAAGGAUUGGGCCAUGGUAACCCGGAACUGUCACUAUCGGCAGCCUACGCCGCCGGUCGGUAUGGACAUGUCAUGUUCGCUGGGGCCGUCCAUGAGCCAGCAUUGUCGCUUGCAGAUAAUUUGCUGCAAACUAUCGGAAACCCGCGGCUUGCCAAAGUCUUCUACACUGAUAAUGGAAGUACCGGGAUGGAAGUCGCGGUGAAGAUGGGCCUUCGCGCCUCCUGCGACCGCUAUGGCUGGGAUGCCAGCCAGGAACAGAUUGGCAUUCUCGGACUCAAGGGUAGCUAUCAUGGUGACACUAUCGGUGUGAUGGACUGCUCGGAGCCAUCGGUCUACAAUAAAAAGGUUGAGUGGUACCGUGGUCGUGGACAUUGGUUCGACUUCCCCCUGGUCAAGAUGGUCGGCGGGUCUUGGAAAGUUGAGAUUCCGGGCGAGCUGCAGGCAGACCUCGGCGAGAAUAUUAAUUUUACCUCGUUGGGUUCGGUCUUCGAUCUCAGCCAGCGACUGGAGUCUGCUACAGCCCAGCGUUACAAGCACUAUAUCCGUCAGACCAUCGAGGAUCUGGUGCAGCGUCAAGGAAUGAAGUUUGGGGCAUUGAUCCUGGAACCCAUUAUUCUUGGUGCAGGUGGAAUGCUUUUCUGUGAUCCCCUCUUCCAGAGAUGCCUAGUGGAUGUGGUCCGCGAACAUCCCGAGUUGUUCUCUACCGCUGCAGCAUCUCGGCAAUCUCCAUCGUGGUCUGGCUUACCAGUUAUCUUCGACGAGGUCUUCACCGGUCUAUACCGUCUCGGCCGUCCAACAUCCGCAUCUUUCUUGGACGUGCACCCCGACAUUGCCGUGAACGCCAAACUUCUCACCGGCGGGCUCAUUCCGCUCUGCACUACUGUGGCAAGUGAGGAGAUCUUUGAUGCAUUCUCGAGCCCAGAGAAGAGCGACGCUCUCUUGCAUGGUCACAGUUACACUGCCCAUGCUGUUGGCUGCACGGUUGCUGUGGAUUCCUUGAAGACCAUGGCUAAACUGCACACGGAUGGAUCAUGGGAUUCAUACCGCGAUGACUGGCGAAGUAACUCGUCGAGUUCUGCGGCUUCGACUCCGGAUGUGUGGAGUGUCUGGUCGCACAGUCUGCUUCAGGAUCUGUCCUGUGCGGACUCGGUGGAGAGUGUGUUUGCCAUUGGAACUGUGCUUAGUAUUUCGCUUCGUGAUGCGGAUGGUGGAGGCUAUACUUCUAACGUUGCUAAGGGACUACAGCAGACGCUGGCUGUUGGCAGUGAUCAGUUCAACGUUCACUCACGCGUUCUUGGAAACGUUCUUUAUUUGAUGUCCAGUGUGACGUCGAAACCCGAGUCACUUCGAGAGUUGGAGAGGCUUCUCCGCUCGGCGUUGGUCUAA